CCCAGGGCAAGCUGCGGUUGCCACGGAGACCAAGCCAGUCGCAGACUCUGCUUUGCCUCCCAGCCAGGCGGAAAAAAUGACUGCUGGCUCCAUCCUAGUGCCUCAAGUUAUUCCACUUCGUAUCUCGACAUCAGGAAAUGCCAAACAUGAAAUAGAUACAAAUACACUUGUAGAGUUUAAAUCAGAUACCCCUGAUGUUACAAUAUAUUAUACUAUUGAUGGAAGUAAACCACAAAUCUUUAGAAGACUUGGUUACAGAGAUGACAAUACAUUUAUGUAUAAGGAACCAAUCACAUUACCAGAUGGAAAAAUAACAGUGAAAGCUCUGGCAGUCACAAAGGACUACAGAGAGAGUGCCAUUGUUACAAAAAUAUUUUUAGUAAAAUAUUGUGCUCCAAACAUCCAUGUAAUUAAUGGAGACAACGAGAAAUCCUUAGAAGAUAUUUCUGGACUGGUAGUGGAAAAUGGAUUCUCUGAUUUAAGUCUAAGAAAGAACAAAGUGAACAUGAAAAGCAAACUUCAUUGCAGUACUGGAGCAGAGGAACUGCAAGGUUUGUCAGAAGGAAAAGGAGUCAUGCCCUUGCAUCUCAGUGGGCCAGAUUUGAUGAAAAAUUACUUGAGUGCCACAAGUAACAGAGAAGAGUCUGACUCCACUAUGUUUAGGCCUCAGUCACAGUAUUCUGUGGGCAGUAGUAGAAAACCUACAAGUGCUCAGGGACUGAGAAUGCAGAGAGAAACAGAUUUUGCCAAGCAUGUACACUGCUUAACUGCUCAGUCAUCUGAUCUGAAUUCUUAUUUCUGCCAAGGAUGUGGCUUUUUGAUUCCAUCAGUGCCUAAAUGCAGCACUCUACCUCCUGCAGAUGCUAAGGGCAAAGUACUGUGCUGUGUCUGUGGAGCAGAAAAUCCAGUUCACAUUAAACAGUGUGUCAUCUGUGACAGCCAUCUACAUGAAGAGCAAAGGACUGGGCAACAUCAAUGUAAAUUUACUUGUUUCAAGUGUGGCACAAGCAAAUAUCCAUAUGGUAGAUCCUGCAGCAUUUGCAAAGCUGAACAUUCAUCCAGGCUGGGCUCUGAGGAUAUGCAACAGUUGACUGCUGUAGAAUACAGAGGGAUUUCCAAGAAUGAUAACUUGCAGGCCUGGGAGCAAUCACUUGUUUCAUUGCCAACAUCGAGAUCAGAUUUAUUAGGAAAAAAAGAACAAGGAACACAGACCACUGGCUUGUUCUAUCCAUCCAGCAAACAUCUAGAGAAGAAAGAAUCUGAUCUGAUUUCUCAAAAGGAGAAGCAUAGUAAGAUACAUGAUCACAACCCUCUGCUCACAGCUAUCAGUCCUGGAAGAGGUUAUUGGAGGAAGCAACUCGAUCAUGUCUGUGCACACCUCAGAAGCUAUGCACAGAAUAACCUGGAGUUCAGGACAUCAGUUGGAGAGCCUCAAAUGGGGAAGCUUAUUUCUGCUACAGUUCACAAGGAUGAUUAUCAAGUUAGUCUCCAGAUAAAUUAUGCACUUGCUGGAAAUAAGGAUAUUUUGACUAUCAAACCCAUGCCAUUUGAUGAGUAUGAUCUGAGCACCAUCAAAGCAGCAAGUGAAGUGAGUCAGAGAAUAUCAAGCCUCAACAAAAACAGCAAAAAGAUAACAGAAACAAGAACAUCUCUAGAAAAAGAAGAUACGCUUAAUUCUGAGUCGAGGCAGUUAUUGAAGGAAGUAGGACCAGAAGGACAUGGAGAACUCUUUUUAAUAGAACAGCUAAUUGAUGAGGGAGCUGACCCCAACUGCACCAAUAGUGAUGACCAACCGGCUUUAACAGUAGCUGUCCUGAACAAUUACCAUGAGAUUAUUCCUGUUCUUAUAGCAAAAGGUGCAGACAUCGACCAUCAAUCAGGACUACAUAACAACACCGCUCUUCAUGAAGCAGUCUUGCUUGGAAGCAAAGGGUGGAAAUGCACUGAAGCUUUGCUAGGAUGCAAUGCAGAUGUUACAAAGAAGAAUGCCAGCGGGUUGUCAGCCUAUGAUUUGGCACUGAAGAGUGGAAGUGACAAAAUAAUUUCCUUAUUUGCUAGUAAGCUAAAGUAGAGGAGGCUGAACAAACCUACCCAUCCAAAAGUAACUGCUAAUUAAUAGUUCCAGCAUCUAUUUUAUUUUGGAAGACCAAAUUUAUAGUUUUCUUUUUGAUUUAUAUGGCUUCUAACAUUAAUUAUGCAUACGACUUUGCUCAUGGCAAGGUUCAUGCAAUAUCAUUUAAUGUAUUGUCGAAGGCUUUCAUGGCCGGAAUCACUUGGUUGUUGUAGGUUUUUUCGGGCUAUAUGGCCAUGGUCUAGAGGCAUUCUAGGAAACCAUGAAAAUGAACAAAAUCUGGCUACCAGUAUUAAAAAACUCUAAAAUUACAACAGCACAAAAACAGAGAGGAAACAAAC